AUGGCAGCUAAUAUCGCAGCUGAGCUAACACAGCACCUAAAUGCGCGACAUCUCUAUCCUACCGCAGCAUGGCUGCAAGGCUUCCUCUCCACAACCCGACCGAACACGCCAUUGCCCGCCAUCAAGCAGACCGCCCACUUCCGCCUACUAGCCACCGACAUUACCACGUCGCUCAGUCAGCCUGCAGCAUCGUUAUUUCCCAACGAUGUACUAAAAGGCACGAUUCAGUCUCGUAUCGUCCCCGGCCCAGUUGUCUGUCAAGUGCUCGACGUCGAAGACAUUGGCCACUCGCGUUGGUCCCAGGUAGAAUCUAUCGAAGCGCAAGAGCGGGGUGAAAUGACAAAAGGGAGAGAGAUUGUGCGUGUUGUAGAACAAGAAAACGAGGGGACUGUUGAGGCUGCAGCACCCAUGCAGAGCAAAGGUCCUUUCAAGCUGCUACUGCAGGAUGCUAAAGGACUCAAGAUCUAUGCGAUGGAUCUGCGAGGCAUUGACGGGCUCAACACAAACAUGGCCAUGGGUGCCAAACUUGUACUGCGUAAUGUUGAUGUAAGAAGAGGCGUCGUUAUGCUUGAGCCGAGCAAUGUUCAGAUGUUAGGCGGAAAAUUGGAGGCACUUGACAAGGCUUGGAAAGAGGGGAGGAAAGAAAGGCUUAUGGCAGCGGCUAAGGUGACAGGAUAG